AUGAAACGAGGUCGCGAACACGAAGAACAGCAUGCAUAUAAAAGACAUAAAUAUACUUCUCAUACAGUAGCUCAGCACUAUAACCAACGACCGGAAGUAGGCGUUGUCAAGAGACAAGAAUCGACCAUCAUUCGACUUCGAAGUUUUAAUAAUUGGGUCAAGAGUGUCUUGAUUCAAACUUAUGUCAACAGGCCACGACAAUAUGUUCUCGAUAUGGGCUGUGGUAAAGGUGGUGAUUUGCUCAAAUGGGCUAAAGCAAGAAUUCAACAUCUUGUGGCUUCAGACAUUGCAGAAGUGUCAUUGCAACAAAUGCAGGAACGAUACAAAUCAUUACGCGAUCGUCGAUUCACAGCCGAGUUUUAUCCUAUGGACUGCUAUAGUGAACUUCUCGAGCCGAAGCUUCAACCACAUAUUCAAUUCGACACGGUGUCCAUGCAGUUUUGUUUGCACUAUUCUUUUGAGACCGAGCAAAAGGCACGCACAAUGCUCAAGAAUGUAACCAGCCGGUUACGCCCUGGUGGUUAUUUCAUUGGUACUAUACCUGACGCCAACUGGAUUGUGAAAAGACUGAGGCAGGAGCCCAAGGGAUCUUUUGGGUUUGGUAAUUCGAUCUAUAACAUUGAGUUUGAAAAUAUCAAGGAUGACGAUGAGAAGCAAAAGGUCGGUUUUACCAAGUUUGGCUGCAAGUACAUGUUUCAUCUAGUAGAUGCUGUUGACUGUCCUGAAUACCUGGUUCAUUGGAGCACGUUUGAAAAGCUAGCAAACGAAUAUGGACUUGAACUCAAGUAUAAAGAAAACUUUCACGACUUUUAUGUCAAUGCACUAAAGGAACCCGACUAUGCUCGACUUCUCGAACGUAUUGGUGUUGUCGGAGGCGACAAGGCAGAGAUGAGCAUGGAAGAAUGGGAGACAGCUGGCAUUUAUUUAGCAUUUGCAUUUGAAAAGAAGAGAAAAUAA